CCAGAGAUUUUCAUGUCACGUGACCACAUGACGUCACAUCAGCUCGCUCCUUCGUGAAGUUUGCUGUCCGCCAUUACCUCGCUUCAACAGAGAGGAGGACUGCUGUUCAAGAAAACUCUUUUAAACAAGCAUAAUCAAAAAUGAUGAGAAUGGAUUGAGUACUAGACGGUUUGCUGUUGUUUCCUGAAAAGGUCACAGUUUAGCCACAUUGCUGAAUUUGAUCCUUUUGGAUGGGCUGCCAUGGCCGUGAAAAGGCCAGCCAAGUUGCGAGUUAUUCGUGCAGUGAUAAAGGACAAAAUGGACAAGACUUUUUCACUACGAAGACAGGACGUUGUGGGAAAGGAAUCAGGAGUGGAAGAGAUGAAAGAGAGAUGGCCUGCAUUGUUCACAAUGGAUGAGGUCAAUGCUGAAUUCAUGAGGAUCACAACUGUUCCACUUCAACCGCGAUUCCUGACUUCCUUGGACAAGCACCACAGCAAGCUGAUUGACAUCAUCAGAAACAAGGGAGGAGUUGUCAGGGAGAAGACCCGGAACAUACUGAAAGUUCUUGAUCAAAGCCUCGAGGUGAAUCAAAAAAGAGAGUGUCUGCUGAAGUGCCUUAUUCUGUACCUUGGGGAAGACGUGGACAAACUUAUCAAGGAGUAUCUGGUUGUGCAGAAGGAUGAAGCUGAAACCGAGCUUGAGAGGUGUACAAUGGCAGUGUUUGUCAUCAGGGAGGAGGAGGAUCCUCUCCAGCCACCACAUGACAUUGGGAUUGUUCUUGAAGGUGUGGAAGUCCUUAAUGAGUUGCCAUCGGUCGCACAUGCAUGUGCCAUGUUAUUUGGCUUCAUCUAUGCUCUAAACUUGAGCUAUCCAGGUGAGCUCAAAUACACUUUUGAUGCACUACAGAAAAUAUUCAUGGAGAUAGAGCCAAAGAAAAUGACACGCAAAGUGUGCAGUCUGAGUGUCAAGCUCUAAAUACUGGAUCAAUCAAGAAAGACAUUUGGAUACAGCAUGUUUUUUGUUCUGUUUUAUAGCUUGUAUUCAAAUACAUUCCAAGAUGAUGGAAGAGUUUCAUUGUUAAUUGUAAAUAAGAGAGAGAAACAGACUUUAAUUCAAAACUGGCUCCAGAGGAUGCAUUGCCAGCAAAAAAAAAGUGGAAAGGCCAACGACAUACCUAACAGAGACUGUCACUUUUAAGUGAUGUGAA